UUGACAUUAGGAUGAGUACAUCCGAAGACCUUAUAGAUUCUGUAGCAGACGUUGCAGUAAUUGGCCCUUCACCAACGCACGAACCUGUUUCAAAUGAGGAAGAGACUUUAGAAAGUAUGCUGCAUCGUCACCGACUUGAGCAACGCGAUCUUCAGAGCACCAUUUCAAAUAUGCGAAAGUCUGUUCCCAAAAGUGACAAACGCAAGAAGAGAGCAAUGACAUCUAAAGCAGCAGAACUUGAAAGUGAAUUACGGCAAAAACAAGAGCUUGAGCUCACUCAACUUAAGUCUCUAUUAUCUGGAAAACUAAUUGGAGAAGAAGAGACUCCAGAUGACGGUAUUUCUCUAGACAGACUUACGUUCCUAACUGAAGAGGAAGAGCCAGUAGCACCUAUGCCAUCUCCAGCGUUGACCACUCCAAAGAAGAAGAAACCCAAUAAACACGACCUAAAAAAGCAACGUAGAGAGGAAGAAUUACAAAAAAUACGCGAUGAAGCAGAGAAAGAAGCCUCGGGACAAGUGGAUAUGGGAGAAUUAGAGAGUGAAGCUAUCAAAGAACUAUUAGCUCCUAUGAAAUUAAAAGUUCAAGAAAUUUCGCCUGAUGGCCAUUGUCUUUACAACUCUAUUGCAAAACAACUGGAGUAUAUAUAUAAUGAAGAGACAGAUUAUCAUAAACUUCGAAAAGAAGCAGCGCAAUACAUGAGAGAGCACCCAAACGAUUUCAUUCCAUUUUUAUAUAAGGACGAUGGAAACAUAUUUAGUGCAGAUGAUUUCAAGCAUUAUUGCGAUGAUGUUGAAAACUCGCCAAGAUGGGGUGGCCAAUUGGAGAUUCUCGCUCUCUCAAAGGCUAAAAAAGUGCCGAUAUAUGUUGUUCAGAUGGGAUCUCCUGUACUAAAGGUUGGGGAGGAGGAAUUUACAGAUAAGAAACCAUUGAUUGUAGCGUACUACAAGCAUCUUUACUCCCUUGGAGCUCAUUAUAACUCAUUAUUGAAAGUAUAAGUAUACAGCGAUAUUACAUUAAAGUUUACACAAAUCUCUUGUUUCAGAUUUAGUUUAAUAUAAAUAUGGCUUCGACUCAGCCUUCAAGCUAAAUAUAUGUCUAUACUUCUUUGUUUAUUUUAAUACAAUCGUAUAGUCAGCUAUAUUGAGCCUUUUCAACUUUCAAGUCUAUAAAUAUACUUUGUCUAAUACUU